CCGCAAAGUCGUGCGUUCACCCCGUGCCGCGACGACAACAGGGCGUCGUUCGUUCCGGAACGAGCGACGCUGCGUCGAGUUCGCUGGGGGUCCCGUCGCGAACUUUCCUGUCCUGAAUGAAGCUCCGUAUCCUCUCGGGCCGUCGUAUCAGUGGUCGGUCGUAUCAUUGAACGUUGUGGUGCGCGCGCGCUACGAGACAAGGGGACCGUGUGCUGGUGGUGUUCCGUUCGGUUCAGUGUCGAGGACGAGGGGCAAAUUCCGGGUCGCUGCAGUUCGUCGAAGCGACGCGUGCACGCGAACAGCUCAGUCAUAUCGCGGCCACCCGUAACACUUGGCAAGGAAGGAUCGCAGGUGGCGGACGUGUACGAUCCUUUCUCUGUGGAACACGUGGUCGAGCGCGGCGAGUCUUCGUGCGACACACGAGGCAGCGCUAGCCUGUCCUCGAAAUUUGAGGUUAGGUGUCCAUGUGGCACGGUCGAUCGACUCUCCUCUAAGAACGUCCUUGUGAGAAGGACGUCGAUUCCUAUCGCUGUAGAAGUUACUACGGGCGCGGACAUACGCGGAGUGGGGUGUAAACGGGGGCGAGAGAGGUGUUCACCAACUACAGCUAGGUCUAAAGUGAAUCUCGUUUGGGCGGUGGAAGGUUUACGUUCACGAUCUCGCAAGCGAGUAUACCGGAGGAGAAGAGAUUAUCGAAGGGUCACGAAGCAGAGGGGAUCCUCGAGUUCUUUCGAUAGUGCAACGUUGCUCGUGGAAAACACUGUCACGUGGAUUUGCUCUCGAGACGUAAUUAAUCGGUGGAGUUUUGCCUUUUAUACGCGAGAGCCGUCUAUUCGGUGGAGAAUCGUUGUGAUCGCGAGAGUACGUAUCUUUGUGUUCGUGUCUCGAUCCCAACGUCGAUCAGUGCGUCGAACCGAGGGUAAAGAUAAAUGACAGGUGAUGAAUGGAUGAAUCCAAGCGAAACAACGGUAUAAUCAACCGGUAUAUUUAUAGAUAACGGGCUCGCUGGAUCGACUCGUUAAUUAGCGGUCGAUCCGUAGUAAGGAUUUCGUGGAAAAAAAGGUGUUGGCGUUUGUCGAGAAGAUAAAAUGCAGUCGCGCUCCAUGUGGAUGGAAUCGUUUUCCGUCGAAUGAGAAAAGUCUUGUGUGUUUUCAGUGAUAGAGAAAGGCCGAGUUACGACAGUUUUUCAGUGAAGUGUUAAACGCAAGCAGCGUCAGAGUUGUGAUCCAGUGAAAACGUUGUUCAGGUGUACAUCCAACAGGUUCCACGAUGAGCCCAUUGAAACACGUUCGAGAAUCGAGCCUGUCCUUCUGAUUCGUCGUGGCGUACAUCGUUUUGGAUUAUGCUCUGUUGUUCAGCUUUAAACGUCGUGGAUUCCCGCCCUAUGUCGCUAGGGCGAGCACGUGAAUCAACCCUCAUAACGAAAAUCGAUCGGCUCGCUGGCGUACGAAACGUGGCCUGAUCGAUUCUACAGAUUUUCCGAGUACGACAUAUUACGUCAACGCUAUAGAAAGAGUACUAAUUCUAUUGUUAAAUAUAAAAGAAGAAAGUUAUAUAAUACGAAACUGAAACAAUAAAAUCAAAUGUUGUCUUUCAACUUGAAGCAGUUAAUCGUCAAAUCGUCAUUGUUAAAGUUAACAGCUACAGGACUGAAAGUUAUUGGAAAUUAUAACGGAAACUGCCCAGCAGAAAUCAAAAGCUUUCGAGAAACUGAUAAUAAAACGAAAGAAUCAAAGGAAAAGUAUUCAAUUUUUUAAUAUUUCCAGGAAUUUACACUGAUUAAUCGUGUCCUUUCGAAUUGCUAUUUAAAUCGUAUAUCUAAACGACGAAUCAUACAUGGCAAGCGCAAUAUUUUAUGAAAAAUUCGAGUGGAAGUCAAACGAUGACAGCCAAAAAGCUUUCUGAAUGACAUUUUUUGGAGUAACAUUUUCACGACGAACGAAAAUAACUGAGAGAUACGAGCGAGCUGUUACGCGCUGACACGUUUCAGCGUAACUGCUAUUUACGGACAAGGAAUAGUAAAAAGGCAAACAGUUCUCCUUCGUAAUAUCCGUUCUGUCGUCCGAUGAUAAGGAAACCAUGAAGUAAAAAAGAAAAAAAGGAACAAUAACGCAUAAUUGAUAAAGAUUUGCGAAACGAAACGGGGAUCGCGUCAAAGGGACGCAAUAAAAGAGAUUACAUUUGCAAUUGCGCAUUCUCAUUUGCUCGUGGAAAAAUGAGAAAUUCGAGGGCGGCACUCAGAGACUUUCUGUCUGGACAAACGUUCCAAAUUUUCACGUAAUAUUAUUCGGUGCGUCUGCGAUUUAUUAACGAAGCUCCGGCGGGAAAACGGAUGCAAACGAUCUGGAUAAAUAAAACGCAAGAACAGUGUGACGAACUCGUCCGUUAAUUUUCGGAUAAUCGAAAGAACAAAGAAAAAAAAUUCGCUAGCAAAUUACUCGACGAACGAAGAGUCAAAUAUUCGAAUCGAAAAACUGCAACGAAUUCACUUCACGUUUAAAAACAAAAAUUAGUACGUUAAGAAAACAAAUUAUAGAAAAAAAAUUGCGAAAAAUUUUAUUGCAUUCCCUUCACGGUUUAUAUCACCGAGAAGACAACGUAAAAAGAGGAAACUCAAUAAGGAUCACGGAACAGCGAUCGGGUGUAGAGCAAACGACAUCAAUAUCGACGUUUACAUGCCUCGAGUCGACCUAGCGGAAUAUACGAGGCGUAAAAACGCGAUCCGUGACGAUUGCGUUCAAGCGAAAAUCUAGAUUUCCAACAGAGAGUUGCACGGUAAGUCGUCACGGUGUGCGGAUUGGGGCGAAUUCUCGGCUACAUCGGCGGACGACCGUCGGUGGGGGCCGCCAACAUGUCGCAGUCUGGUUCAGGAGGGGUGAACGAUAGCCAGGAACAAAAUCAGGUUGGACAAACGAUGGAGAAUCAACAGACAGCGUGUCAAAACGGCCGAGCUGAGCCGCUUGCCGACAAUGCGAAACAAGAUUUGUCCAACGGCUUUGAAAAUCGUACCAUAGAAUAUGACAGAUUCUCUCAAGAUAGGGUUCAACAGAACCAGUCAGCCGGCCAAACUCAAGAACAACAACAACAACAACAACAGCAACAGCAAACUCAGCAGACAGGUCAAUAUCUGACUGGAAGGAAGCAACCUGUGGUCGGUGUUCCCGAGGAUAGACACCCCCCUAGUGGACAACUUCCACCCCAACAGUACAGCCAGGAAAAGUCUGCUCUCGAGAGGACGCAACAUGUUUCUCAAACUAGUACACAAACCCUACCGGUUCAAGCGCAGCCUCAAUUCAUGCCUGAUUACGAUCAAACUCAAUACACGCAGAUCCGAAGUCAGUUCGAGGUGAGACCUCAACAGAUGUAUCCUCAACAAGCUCAAUACGCUGAAAGAGCUGGUUACGUGACGAGGGAUGUAACAUACAGAGAUCCUGCGUUGUAUCAAGGAGGUGCAGCGAAUCCGAUGUUCACUGGACAGGGUCAAUACGUAACUGUUCAACACGGAUCGCAAAUGCCUCCUCAAUCCGCCAGUCCUCAGCCACCGUACUUUUCAGGCGUUGUCGUACCUCAACCGGCUAGUUACGCUCAAUUCGGCGGGCAACCCCAGUAUUCCUAUAGUCAGUACCCUCAAACAGUAAUGAACGCGGUACCGUAUAAUCCUCAUACUGGAAUGUAUCCCGCUCAACAAUUCGGACAGCAAUCACCGAAUCCUCAAAGAUUCUCUCAGGAACUUGGACAAUAUCAGACACAGCCUAUCAUUCAACCGAUCGCCCAAAAUGUGACUCAUAGUCUCGCAAUGGCGACUACAGAGAGACCCAGUCGUGGACCCAAACCUAUGGUUCCACCACGAGGUAAUUCGAAGAUUACUCACGAUACAGGGCACAGAAAGUCUGCGAGUGUCGAUGUUCCAGGUAUGCAGAAACCUAAAUACGACCCAAAUCAAAAUCCACCGCAAGAACAAAUUCACCGAAGCGACGGGGCUAUAAUCGUGCAAGGCGCACAGAUCGUAACCGAUACUCAGGAUAGAAGAUACCUGACAGCCAUUAAUCAAAACCCUAGGACGAGACAGGACGGUCUGUACGUCGAUACGAAUGGAGAUCCACCUGGUCGAGAAAAAAUGUGCGAAACCGUGGUAACCGAUUGUGGUCUAUAUGUGACCAGACCUGAACACAGGAAAUCUAUUUCCGUGGACGUUACAUCGAGUUUCCAACGUCGUAACGAUACGAUUACGUUCACGUUCCCUGGUGACACGAAUCAGGAAAUAUUAAUGCCAGCGAGGAAGACCGGAACUAUGGUGGAUCCGAAACGAGUCGAAACCAAUCAAGUGUAUCCGCCUGAUCAAAGGCGAUUGGAUACGAGCUUAAGAGUAUCGCCGAUGGCUUUUGAUACGAGACAAGAAAAUAGGAAGAGCAUAGGGGCUGAUAGAAAGCCCGAAUGGGGUAACGUGAGCCCUAAUCAAAGAGUAGCGAUACCGCAAGAAAACAGACGAUCCGAUUACUUCGACGAGCAUAGGAGGUCACCGAUGACCAUAGAAGGCAAGAGAAUGGAAGACGUUAGAAGGUCUCCUAUGCCUUUCAUGCCGAUUCGCGAAGGAUCCGCGGAUCGCGCGGGACAGAAAAGUCCGUCGUUUGUAAAUCAAAAUUUCGAGAAGACUAGACAAGAGCUAACGAUAUGGGCUGAACAACGACAACGACAGGAACACGAAAGAAACAUGAUGCAGAAUCAAAUGCUCUCCACCAGUCCACGUUCUCGUAAUCAGUCCGAGGAAAGAAGAGACCCGAGACAGAUACAUCAACCAGAUGAUCGCAAGGAAGCUAGAAUGACUCAAUCGGCCUUUCAACCUAUACCCAACAUCAGUCAGAGGACUAUAAUGGAACAACGUCGACAUUUGCGACACGUUAGUGCUGACCUAACGAAGCACAUGGAACUCUCGAGAAAGGAGUUCGACGAGCAGCCCAUUAGUGGAUCCGUAGCGAACCUUGGACCACCUGCUAGUACGGCUCCCUCUCAAAGAGCCAGUCCUAAUAUAUGCCAUCAGUAUCCAGCCCUUAGCGAAGCAAAGUUAGAUACCAAGACUGUCCUAACUGUGGUAACAGACUUCGGUGAAACAAGUUUAGGUAAACCGAUCGAUCAAGUAGAUCAUAUAAUCCAUAGCCAUCGUAAAAGCCACAAUAUCUCGACCAGCUUACUAACUCAUAGCAAGAGCCAGAGCGAUAAUCUUCAAAGUCAACUAGACACACAGAACGAAAAAUCCGACGCUUUGACGUCCCAGCAGCAACAACUGCAAAAUCAACAGAAUCUUGAUUUAAUAUCCGAGAAACUCAGCCAAUUUGAGCGUCAACAAAGCGAUCUACAAGCGAAGCUCCAAUGUCUUCAGAAUCAAAAUCAAAUCCUCGAUAAAGUGGCGCAAUUUCAACAUCAACAAAGUGAUUUACAAGCCCGUCUGCAAAGUUUGCAAGCACAGAACCAGCUGUGCGAUAAAUUACAAAGAUCGACCGAUUUUCAGCCGCAUUCGAUCGGAAACGAGAUCCACCAGAUUCAAUCGAAUUCUCUGCCCAACCACCAAGAACAACCGACCGAUAAGAUUUGCACGUCGCAAAGCCAGAAUACGCCGCACAGUCAUCAUCAAACGUUAUUGACCGCUUCCUAUACACAGAACUCUAAUCAUCAAUCCUGCCAAUCGUCUGUCUGCGAGAAAUUAUCACCUAGGCUUCAACACGACACCAGCGACCCGAAUUCUAUUCAGAUACCGAACAUGUCGCAGAUGCCACUGCCGUGUCUGCCACAAUUCGAUCGCGCCGAUACGUCCCGUACUUCGUUCUCACAGUUUCAUCGACUUCAGUGUCAAAUCGACGGUCACGAGGGAGCUUCAGCACCGUCCAGCACUGCUUCCGUGGCUUCGUUUACUGGAACUUUGAAAAAGGUACCUCCCGAGAAACCACCGAGAACGUCGCUAAUCGUUCAGUCACCGGAGUCAGAGAGCAACAGAAGCCAACCAGCCAUCGGACUAAAGCAGACGCCGAAGGCGCGGCCAACCAUUUUCGGCACGGUGGCCUCGGAUCUGACCCCAAAGGAUGGCAACAGUCGAAGGAAAAAGAUGGCACUAAAUGUGUAUGGUAAAUUAACUAUUAAAUCCUUGAACACAAUCGAUCAACGAGCAUCAAUGAACCACAGAUCUCUUGACAAAGACCAAUAA